AUGGAAGUUGUUUCCCAAGAACAAGUUCGAGUAUUCAAAUUGGAUGCUACAUUACCGAGUUGGCACCAUAUUCCUCCUGGACAAUUCAUGUUCCUAAUCAAAAACCGUCACUCGCGUGACCCGCAUUCCUUCAUGUUCGAGUUUGAUCCGCAACGAUUGUCUUCCGCAGACGAUAUCCGAGAGCUGGCUUUCGAAGCCAUUCUGAGUACUACACAGAUUGUCGAGAGAAGUAACGUUAGAUCUUUGGCUAACAACAUAUCGAAACAUCUUGUCGACAACUACAGGUUUGGACUCGAAACAAUCUCUGAUGAUCCCGACUCGCCCAAAGUUCUCAUCGUUGUUGAUGUAAACCAAACUUGGGUUUCUGUAAAUUCUCUAUAUUGUGGAAUGGAACGGAUUAAUAACGACGAAGCUAUCGAUGACGAAGAUGUUUUGGUGGCAUUGACAAACUCACUGGACUGGACGGAUUUUGUACUUCAGUCGGGAAGAGUGUGGGGACUGGAUUCGUUUGAAGUAUGUGAUCAUAUAGAUAUAGCCAGUGAUGAGCCCAGCAUGUGUGCCAUCUGCCUGGAAGAUCUCUCCGGUGGCACCUGCAUGAAGCUGCCUUGCUCACAUGUUUUUCACAAGGGAUGCAUUGUUCAAUGGAUUUGGGAGCAAACCUGCCCCAUAUGCAGAUCAUCAUUCGGAAUGAAAUGGUACGUGCUCUCCUCCUUUUAA